AUGGAGGAAAGUAGGUCAUGUACCCCUAGUGUUGAUAGCCGUAAUUAUGCAAUUCCAGAGGGAGAUUAUGUGUCAAGUGACUCUCAUAGCGAAGUAUCUGAAUCUGAAUCCGAUCAAUCGUCGCACGUAGAUAGUGAAGAUUCAUUGCUUCCGACUGAGUCUAGUGGGACACUGUGGAUGAAUCAGAUUCAAGAGACCCCUAUGUUUGAUUCUAGCAAGUUUUUGUUCGAAUCAUUAAACAAUACAAUCAACAGCAUUGACUUUUCUGAGUCGUUAGCUACGCAAGCAAAAACAUCUGCAUUGAUCAAUUCAAAGAGUCGGGAAUUGAAAAGCCUAAUGAAGCAAUUACAAGAACGUUUACAGUACUAUACUGACAGAUUCAAGCGAGGAGCUGCAGUUUCGAGCGAAUUAAAGGUAAAUUUACAAAUGCUAUCGAAGCGUAUUGCCACUCUUGAUGCACUUAUAUCAAAACAAUUUCCAAUUGAAUAUAAUCAAUCUAGGGAUAAAAUAAUAGAGAGAAGGUUAGAUGAUUGA